AUGGCAAGAGGUGUAAGGAGGAACACAGAGAUGGGAAAUAGAUUAGAGCUAUAUGUGAGGCUGCUGGCAGUGAGUGCAUUACUGGGAGCUGAUCUGAGCUGGCUGGGCCUGAAAGAUCAGGUUGGGGUCAAUGCCCAGAACACUGAGAGAAGGGUAUUGACACAUAUCCCUGGUGACAUCAUCAUAGGAGCGCUGUUCUCUGUCCACCACCAGCCACCUGCAGACAAGGUCCAUGAGCGAAAGUGUGGUGCGGUGCGUGAGCAGUAUGGGAUCCAGAGAGUGGAGGCCAUGAUGCACACUCUGGAUCGAAUCAACGCAGACCCCACUAUCCUCCCGAAUAUCACCCUGGGCUGCGAGAUCAGGGACUCAUGCUGGCACUCUGCGGUGGCGCUGGAGCAGAGCAUUGAGUUUAUUCGGGACACACUAGUGUCCAACGAAGAGGAGGAGAGCCAGGGCAGGUGUACUGCAGAAGCAGGGAGCCUGUUGCUGCAGUCGAAGAAGCCCAUUGUGGGACUGAUUGGACCAGGAUCUAGCUCUGUGGCCAUCCAGGUGCAAAAUCUCCUUCAACUCUUCAACAUCCCACAAAUAGCUUACUCAGCCACUAGCAUGGAUCUCAGUGACAAGAGCUUGUAUAAAUAUUUCAUGAGGGUGGUUCCAUCAGAUAUGCAACAGGCCAAAGCCAUGGUGGACAUUGUCAAGAAAUACAACUGGAGCUACGUGUCUGCAAUACACACAGAGGGUAAUUAUGGUGAGAGUGGAAUGGAAGCAUUUAAAGACAUGGCAGCAAAGGAGGGGAUCUGUAUCGCCCACUCUGAUAAGAUAUAUAGCAAUGCAGGCGAACAGAGCUUUGAUAAGCUAUUGCAGAAGCUACGAGCUCACCUGCCCAAAGCCAGGGUUGUGGCCUGCUUCUGCGAGGGCAUGACAGUCCGAGGCAUACUGAUGGCUAUGAGACGACAGGGCCUCGUGGGAGAGUUUCUGCUGGUUGGAAGUGAUGGCUGGGCAGACAGGUCUGACGUUACCGAUGGCUACCAGAGGGAGGCAGCUGGUGGAAUCACUAUAAAGCUAAAGUCGGCGUACGUGACCUGGUUCGACGAUUAUUACCUGAACCUGAAGCCUGACGCCAACCUGAGAAACCCCUGGUUCCCCGAGUUCUGGCAACAUCGCUUCCAAUGCAGGUUGAAGGGGCAUCCGCAGGAAAGCAGCAUGUUCAACCGCACUUGCACCUGGAGAGAGUCUCUUCGCCAUCAGUAUGCCCAAGAUACCAAGAUGGGCUUUGUCAUAAAUGCCAUCUAUUCCAUGGCUUACGGACUGCACGCCAUGCAGCAAUCCCUCUGUCCAGGAUAUAAGGGUUUGUGUGAGAACAUGCGGCCCAUUGAUGGCCGCAAGCUGCUGGAUUUCCUAAUGAGAACCAACUUUACUGGUGUGUCUGGGGAGACCAUCUACUUUGACCAGAGUGGAGACUCACCUGGCAGGUAUGAAAUCAUGAACUUCAAGCGCACAGGCGAGGAUGAGUACGCUUACAUCUAUGUGGGAAGCUGGGAUCAGGGUGGCCUUAAGAUGAAUGAUGAGGAAAUCUGGAGUAACAACAGUGACAUCAUCCAGUCAGUCUGCUCUGAGCCCUGUCAGAAGGCACAGAUCAAGGUGAUCCGUAAAGGAGAGGUGAGCUGCUGUUGGACUUGCACUCCCUGCAAGGAGAACGAGUUUGUGUUUGAUGAGUACACUUGUCGAGCCUGCGACCUUGGCUUCUGGCCCACAUAUGACCUCACUGGUUGUGAACCGAUCCCGGUGCAGUAUGUGCGUUGGGGGGAUCCAGAGCCCAUUGCUGCAGUGGUCUUCUCCUGCCUGGGCCUCAUGGCUACACUUUUUGUUACUUCUGUCUUCAUCAAAUUUUGGGACACUCCUGUGGUCAAGUCAUCCAGUCGUGAGCUCUGCUACAUCAUCCUAGUUGGAAUAUGUCUUGGCUACCUGUGCACUUUCACCCUUAUCGCCAAGCCCCACAUAGUCUACUGCUACCUCCAGCGGCUGGGAAUCGGCCUGUCCCCCGCCAUGAGCUACUCUGCGCUGGUCACCAAGACCAACCGUAUAGCACGGAUCCUGGCAGGCAGCAAGAAGAAAAUCUGCACCAAGAAGCCGCGCUUUAUGUCCGCCUGCGCACAAUUGGUCAUCGCCUUCCUACUCAUACUGUUGCAGCUUGGGAUUAUUGUGGCACUUUUCAUCAUAGAGCCACCACAGGUGAUCUAUGACUACCCCAGUAUUAGUGAAGUACAUUUGAUCUGCAAUCUGACCACUCUGGGGGUGGUGGCGCCGCUGGGCUACAAUGGCCUGCUUAUCCUGAGCUGCACCUUCUACGCCUUCAAGACUCGUAAUGUUCCGGCAAAUUUUAAUGAGGCCAAGUAUAUUGCCUUUACCAUGUACACCACCUGUAUCAUCUGGCUGGCCUUUGUUCCCAUUUACUUUGGCUCCAACUACAAGAUCAUAACCAUGUGCUUUAGUGUCAGCCUCAGUGCCACAGUGGCUCUCUGCUGCAUGUUUGUCCCAAAGGUGUACAUCAUGCUUGCCAAGCCUGAGAAAAAUGUGCGGAGUGCCUUCACAACAUCCACAGUGGUGCGCAUGCAUGUAGGUGAUGCCAAGAAAGCUGCCAAGACAGGCAAAACCUCGAGCAGCAUGGCCAACUUGUUUCGACGCCGUGGCUCUGCGCAGGACAUCAGUUCCAAUGGGAAAUCGGUGACAUGGGCGCAGAAUGAGCACAGCUACAGACCAAACAUAUGGAAGAGGAUGUCAUUCCAUGUCAAGAAAAAGGAAGCAGUCGAGGUGAACCAGACAGCCAUCAUCAAGCCCUUCUCUAAAGGAGGAGAUACACCUGCGGACACUGGUGUCAAAGAGCAGUAUGAGGAGCAACAGGUGUCUCAGCCUUUCACCUGCUCCCCCUCUCAGUCACCAAGGGGUUUCCAAGGAGGAGAGGCUGGAGAGGACGGACAAGCGUUACCCACCUACAUACCUGAGCACCCAGCUGGGGUUAGAAGAAGAGGCACCACAAUCAUGGACCAAAUCAGCUGUGUGGUUAACCGUUUCACUGCCAACAUUAGCGAGCUGAACACCAUGAUGCUGCCAGGGGGAGUCACCGUUAGCUCCACGUCCACCACUGCUUUGCCAGCAGCUGCAGAUGCCUCCCCCGGCCCACCUCAGUACCUCACAUCCAGGAGCAGACAGGCCCCCUCCAAUGCCACCACAUAUGCCGAAGUCGCGGUUGUCUCCAAUUUCUGCGAGAAUCGACCAGCAGGUAAGAUUUAUGAGCACCUGGCCGGGACUUGCGUGAGUAGCAGGCGAGCCAAGGAUAUGGAGGAGCUGGUGGCUCUGACACCUCCCUCCCCGUUUAGAGACUCGUCUCUGAGCUCCAGCGGAAGCUCACCCACCUCGAUGUCCCCGGCCUCUGAGGCUGAAUAUGAUCAGCUGCUGCUGAGACACUACAGCCAGAGCUCCUCCUCACUCUAAACCUGCUCUCCUUUCACUACACAUUUUUCUCCUUGUUUAUUGU